AUGUCAUUUACUAUAAACAGCGAAAUAGCGGUUUGUGGGGGAAAGUUGUUGAAGCUUUCCUCUUUAUCAAAAGUGUGCAAAACCAAUAUGGAUGUUAACGUCUAUGUUCCUAAACAGUACUAUGCCGGAUCAUCAAAUACUAUUCCCACACUAUACUUCCUUUCAGGUUUGACCUGCACCCCUCAAAAUGCAUCUGAAAAGGCGUUAUGGCAAGUGCAAGCUGACAAGUACGGUUUUGCAGUGGUAUAUCCAGAUACUUCGCCAAGAGGAGAUGAUGUUGCAAAAGAUCCUGAGGGGAGCUGGGAUUUCGCUAUAGGAGCAGGCUUCUAUGUCAAUGCUACCCAAGCUCCUUUUAGCACACAUUAUCAAAUGUACGACUAUGUUCACAAGGAAUUACCCGCUUCUUUGGAGUCAUUCUUCAAAGAGAAGUUUAACAAGACAAAGAUUGACUUUGUUAAGAAUAUUUCUAUUUCUGGUCAUUCAAUGGGUGGUUUGGGUGCUUUGGCUGGUUUCUUGAAGAACUACGGUAACAAUGUUUACAAAUCUUGUUCAGCUUUUGCGCCAAUUGCAGACCCAACGACCGUUCCAUGGGGCCAAAAAGCAUUCACAGGUUAUCUAGGUCCCGAUAAGAAAGCUUGGGAGGAAUAUGACCCAUGUUUGCUUGUUAAGCAAGUUGAAAACACCAGGGGCAGUGAGAUAUUAAUCCAUGUGGGUACUAACGAUCCAUUUUUAUAUCAAUUAAAACCAGAGAGCUUAACUGCAGCUGCUAAAGGGACCUCCUGGGACGGUAAAAUUAGCGUUAAUAUGGUAGAAGGUUUUGACCAUUCGUACUAUUUUGUGAGCACAUUUGUUCCUGAGCAUGCUAAAUUCCAUGCCAAACAUCUCGGAUUAACGUAA